UAUAUUGUAUGAGGGGACACCCACCCUGCCUGCUUUCAGCUUUUGUUGAACUGCCUGUUAAAGGAUUUUGGGAGAUGUAGUUCAUCAAAAGUUGGAGGCGAGGAGCUGAACUCCUCCUUUUUAGCAUCCGAUAAUGUCAUCAUUGCUGGAACCUGCUGUAGCCAGAAAAGAGUCCCUGUCAGAAUGGCAGAGGAAGGGGAAACAGUAGAUAUAGAUGGCAGCAUCAUGGAAGGGGGUGGGCAGAUCCUUCGAAUCUGCACUGCUCUUGGGUGUCUGCUGGGUAAACGUCUACAUGUGCAUCAGAUCCGAGCUGGCCGGAGUACACCAGGCUUGAGACCACAACACCUCUCUGGGCUUGAAACUGUCCGUGACUUAUGUGGUGGGAAGCUGGUGAAAGCAGAAAUUGGUUCCACUGAGAUAGAAUUUACCCCUGGAAAAAUCAAAGGUGGAACAUUAACUGCUGAUACAAAGACAGCCGGGAGUGUGUGUUUGUUACUGCAGGUUUCUCUGCCCUGUGUACUCUUUGCUGAGUCUCCAUCUGAAUUGAUCUUAAAAGGAGGCACUAAUGCAGAGAUGGCUCCACAGAUUGACUACACAACCAUGGUAUUUAAGCCUAUUGCAGAACGUUUCAACUUUAAGCUGGACUAUGACAUCAAACGAAGGGGUUAUUAUCCCCGUGGAGGUGGGGAGAUACAGGUCAAGGUAUCCCCUGUCAAGCACUUAAAUCCAAUUAAUCUUGUUGACCGUGGCUCGGUUACUAAAAUCUAUGGCCGAUCCUUUGUAGCUGGGGUUUUGCCUUAUAGGAUGGCAAAGGACAUGGCUUCAGCAGCAGUGAGGUGUAUACGUAGGGAACUAAGAGACUUAUAUAUAAAUAUUCAAGCUGUACAGGAACAUAAAGAGAGAGCGGUUGCAAACGGCAGUGGGAUCAUCAUUGUUGCAGAGACAUCCACUGGCUGUAUAUUUGCAGGGUCUGCUCUAGGAAAAAAAGGGGUCACUUCUGAUCAGGUAGGAGUGGAGGCUGCUGAGAUUCUUCUUCGGAACCUGCACCAUGGAGGAUGCGUGGAUGAAUAUCUUCAGGAUCAGCUGAUUAUCUUUAUGGCUCUAGCAGAUGGAAUCUCCCAGAUCAAGACUGGACCUCUGACUCUGCACACACAAACUGCUAUCCAUUUUGUAGAGCAGCUUAGUAAGGCCAAGUUUACAGUAAAGAAGUGUGAAGAGGUAAAUACAGACUGUAAUAUUAUUGAAUGCCAAGGCAUUGGCUUCAGGAACAUGAAUCAAUGAGACUGAAAGGUCAGUGAAUGACUCCAGGAGUGAGGAAAAAACCAUCAGCCGGAGUCUAAUGGCACAAAGUAUGGCACGCAAAUGGCGGAGCUAUAAAAAACGUUCUGCCAAUAUAAUUUUUUUUGGUUUGUUUGCAUGAAAAGACAUUUCAGUUAAUCUGCUAUCUGAUUAAACUGCAAUAUGAAAACCAGUAGCAUACCCCAAUAAAAAGGUGUGAAAUAAAG